AUGGACGACAACCACAAAAUCUCCAUCACCGUCUGCGGCGACGGCGGCUGCGGCAAAUCGUCCAUCACACUGCGUCUCGUGCGCAGCCAAUGGACGCAUGAAUACGACCCCACCAUCGAAGACUCGUACUCGGUCACGCGCACCAUCGACGGCACCACCUACUCGCUCGCCCUGACCGACACGGCGGGCCAGGAAGAAUACCGCGGCCUGUGGUCCUCGUCCAACAUCAACUCGGACGCCUUCCUGCUUGUCUACGACAUCACGCAGCAGAUGUCGCUCACCGCCCUCGACUACUUCACCCAGCUGAUCGAGAUGGAGAAGGAGAAUCGGCUGGAGCGAGGCGCGGUCCUGCCCGUGUGCAUCGUCGCGGGGAAUAAAUGUGAUUUGCAGGGGAUCCGCCAGGUGGGUGCCAGGGAGGGGUUGGACUGGGCGCGCACGAGGGGGUAUGGGUUUAUGGAGACGAGCGCGAGGGAGAUGGUCAAUAUUGAGGAGACGUUUGCUCUGUUGGUCCGACGAGUCGUCCAGGCGAGGAAACAACAUCAGGAAGGUGGCAUUGCGCCCAAUGCAUUGCCUUCGUCCACGGCGAGGACUCGACCGCUGGAUCCUUUGCCGGGUCAGAAUGAGAAGGCGCUUCCUCCGGAUCCGAAGUGGGAUGAUGAGGAUGAUGCGAAGCCGCUGAAGUGGUGGCAGAAGUUGAAGUGUUGGUGA